UUUUUUUUCUUCUCCUCCUAAACUUUUCUUACCUUUUCCGAAAGUCAUGACAGUCCUGAGAGUGAGUGGACGGAGAGAGGCCAGAAGGGCUGAGUUGAGCAGUGAGGUGGGAACCAGCCUGACUGCAGCUGCAUGAAUCACUCACUGAGCAGCAGAGGGAGGCAGGUGUUGAUAUAAAGCUGUUCUUGUGCUGAAAGGUCCCAGUCCUGAAAAAUGACUCAGUCGGUUCAAGUUAACACAAAGCUGCCUGAUCUUGGCUCUCCUUUCAUCUACUCCAGUCAAGAGGAAGCUGACCAGCCUGGCUCCUACUCCGUCCAGACUCCCUAUGGCUUCCAGCUUGAUCUGGACUUCCUCAAAUAUGUAGAAGAGAUAGAAAGUGGGCACAAUGUCCGCCGAGCACCAGUCAGCUCCCGCCGCUCAGGCCGAGGAGUCAAACUCUCCCAGAGGAGUCCAGGUGUUGGGGGACGCACUAGUGGGUGGACAUCUACAGAGUCUCUGUCAUCCCCUGCAAGUGAGGAUGGCCGGGCUCCCCCUCCACCUCCACCCCGAAACCGCCUUGGGUCAGCACCCUGUGAAGGACUCUCUCUUUCUCCUGUGACUCUCCUUAGUGUACCUCCUCUCUCUGCUGGUGCCAAAGUACCACCCCCUCCACCGCAGCGCAAUCCUAGAGUUGAAAGGACUCUCCUGGAAACCAGCAGGCGGCUUCAACAGGAACAAACCAAUGAACACCAGAAUGGUGGACGCCUUCAGCUCGCAGAUCCUCCAAAACACCUCCUACCCUCCCCAUCCACUCAGCUUCUACAGAGUAACUGGACUAAACCCAGUCCUGCAACUUCUGGGCGCAGCACUCCAGCAACUGGCACCACAGUGACUCCAGUCCCACCCAGCCAGCUGCAGACAGUUAGAGAGCAGAUGGCUACAGCCUUGAAACAGCUCAAGGAAAUGGAGGAGAGGGUGAAAGGAGUUCCUGCACUCGAGAAAGAGGUGGCAAAGCUCCGUGCAGAGAAAGACAUGCUCAUGUUAGCCCUGCAGGAAAAGAAAGCAUCAAUAGAGGCUGCUCAGCAGAAGCAACCAUCUGCAGAGUCUUCUACCCAAACAACAGAGAGCUUACAAAGAGAUCAGAGAAUCCAAAAUCAACUCACAGCUCCCUCUACACCUGAACAUAAAGGCCCUGGAAAAUCUGGUGAUCUGAAGAGGCUGACUGAGAAAUUUGAGAGGAAGGAAGAGAAAGCUACAGAGUCUUCUUCAAAAGUUUUAGUACAAGCUCCAGAAAAAGUGUCUGUUGUUGAGAAGAAAUCAGUGGCUGUUGGGGACGAUACUCCAUUGAACUGUGUUGUUUUCUACUACAGCCAGGGUGUAAAAGAUGCAUCUGAAGGCACCAGAGUAAAUGUCUGUGACAAAGGCACAGAAACAGAAGUGCCUCUGGUUCAUGAGGAGGGAACACAGGCCAAAGUGCAGACAGAAGAGGCUGAGGUUUGGGUCAUGGAAUCUCUACUCGGGCUGACCAGCGAAGCACAGAGAGAGAUUGACACGUUACAGGACACCAUUAAAUUCCAGCAGGAGUCCAUUGUGGCUUUAGAGGACCGGCUAAGUUUAGCCAACCAGGAAAUGUCGAACCUCAAAGCCAAGAUGAAGGAGAAAACUUCCAAAGUCACAUUUGAGAAGGGGGUCCUUGUAAAACCAGACACAACAAAUGCCCAUGUAGAGACACUGACUUCUGUUUCACAGGAUGCUGCAGUUUUGUGUCAUCCUGAGGUGAGCGAUGCAUGUGUAGGUGAGAGCUUAAUGACAGAUCAAUCAGAACAAAGCACCCAGACUGAUGCUGGAGAGGAAGUCACAAAACCAGCUCCUGUUGCAAUGGUAAGCACGGGGUGCCAAUGGGAGAACUUGUUCGAAGAAAAGAUGGAAGAGCAGGAAGUUACACAGCCAAAGAAGAGACAGUGUACAAUCGCUGAAUACAAGGUUUCACCAGAGGAAGAGGUUGUUGGUAUGGCUGAGAAGAAAGAUGAGGAGCAAGGAGAGAACACUGCAGCUAUCAGUGCCAAGACAGGUAUGUUGAAAUCAAUUAUGAAGAGGAAGGAUGGGAGUAACUCAAGCGAGACUCGCGCUGCUGGCAAGAAGAGCCUGCAGUUUGUUGGCAUUCUAAAUGGAGGAUAUGAAUCCACAUCAAGUGAAGAAGAGGAAGAGGGGGAGGAAGAAGAGGAGGAAGAUGGGAGUUCUUCUGGAGAAAGUGGAGAAGGCGAGUGCUUGGACAGCACAGAGGAAGAUGAGGCAGCACUGGAGGAAGAAACAUCAGAGGAGGAGAGAAAUGUCAAUCUGGAUGAGAGUGACACAGACGAAGAAACCCUGAGAGCAGCUAACUAUUCAUCUGAUUCUGUGAAAGAGAAGUUCGAGUUGAGCUCAAAAAUGCGUGAAGCCUGCCUCAUCAUGAAGAACCACCUCAAUGAUGACAUCAAGACACUGAAGAGUAAGGAAGUGCUCUCCAGCACUCACACAGUCCAGCUGGAAUGGUUCAGAAUCUCCAGCGCUAAAAUGGCUCAGCCUUCACGGGUCUCAGACUACCUGAUGGCGUUCUCUGAGGUGUCGUCACUGCUGCUGGAGCACGUAGUCAACAUGACCGACGGCAACGGCAACACGGCUCUUCACUACAGUGUAUCCCACUCCAACUUUGGUGUUGUGGGGUUGCUGCUGGACACAGGUGUUUGCAAUGUGGAUAAGCAGAACAAAGCUGGCUACACUGCUAUCAUGCUGGCAGCUCUCUCUACUGUGAAGGAGGAGGACGAUAUGGCUGUGGUCAAGAAGCUGUUCAGUCAGGGCAACGUCAACGCCAAAGCCAGCCAGGCUGGUCAGACGGCACUGAUGCUAGCAGUCAGCCAUGGUCGUCAGGAGAUGGUGCAGGCACUGCUGGAAUGCGGCGCUGAUGUUAACGUGCAGGACGACGAGGGAUCCACAGCGCUGAUGUGUGCCAGUGAACAUGGCCGUGCUGAAAUAGUCAAACUGCUCCUGGAACAGUCUGGCUGCGACAUUGCCAUUGUUGAUAACGAUGGCAGCAAUGCUCUUUCUAUCGCACUUGAGGCAUCUCACAAUGACACAGCUGUGCUGCUCUACGCCCACAUGAACUAUGCCAAGACCCAGCCUGCUGUGGGGAGUCCAAAGACUCAGCCAAGGAGCCCCACCAGCCCACACAAGCCCUGGCCCUCAGACUGACAGAAUUAUUGGCUCUCAUGGAGGAGGACAGAGCAGAAAACAUAACUGGAUCUGAGCUUUAAAAAGCUCCACUGGAAUUUACUGAAAUAAAUAUGUAUUUAUAUACUGCCAUAUGCCCUGCAUUUAUAAGUAUUGUUGAUACGAGAAAUAUUAUUUUUCCAUAUUGAUUCUAUUAUAUACUUGACUAAUAUGAGCUCCUAGCAUGUCUGAAUGAGGUCAGGAGAUCAGAGACCUUAUAUUUAUUAUUUGCACUUCACUAAUAUUUUACUGUCAAGAGCAACAUACAAAGGUGGCAAAUAAUACUAAAUUAUCCUUUGCAGAUUUUUUUUUUUUAACAGGUAAUCCCACAUUACCACAAUUAUGUGCGUCAAUUUACAGUAUGUCAGUGUUCAACAGCAAAUCCCAGUGUCUACACUGGCUGGCACAUCAUGCAAACUUUACUUUGACUACUGUUUGCAUGACAUGUAGAGUGUACACAAUGGGAAUCAAACAUGAUACCAUUGUGUGUUGCCCUCCACUUUUCUCUUUCUGUAGUGCCUUGGUUAACUGAUCUGUGAUUCUUUCCUUCAUAAUCUGCACUAACUGUCUGUGCGUUGUAUGUUCAUAUAAAUAUUUACGUUUGAAUAUAUACAUUCAUGUCUGAAAUAAACAGAUUUACAGAAA